AUGGUUCUUGUUUACCACGAUCCCCAGGACAAUCGUCCUACUUCGUUCCUAAACCCCCGCGCUCCUCCGUACACGCCAACCCACACACCAGUCAAUGGUGUUCCCGCCAGCAGCAUGCUGCUGGUGAACGCGGAAUGGGUUCACUGCCAGAACCAGCUCUGCAGCAUCAUGCCCGAGGCGCGUGUCCUAGCCGCCAUCGGCGACCUGAUCGCUGGUGUCAAGGACGAAGACGGCAAUCUUCGCGUCUACCAGGUCCCCGAGAUGAAGGAGAUCUUCUACGUGUACGCCCAGGGCGCUCGUCGCUCUUUCGACCUCAGCAAGCACCUUGGACCUGUUGUCGUUAAUCGUGUCUUCGCACACAAUUUACUUCAGCGUUACAACGUUGAGGAUCGAAGCGACCGUCGCCUCUUCCACCUUGAAGAGCUGGAGAAUCUGACCCAUUACUUCGACGGACUCAUUCGACGAAUUUUGUUCGCCGAACAAUAUGGUGUAUUCACCAUCAAUCACGUUCGUCCUGCUAUGCAGUCGCAGAACAACGAGGGAAACGCGACUCUGUCUUCCGACGCCCAAUUCUCUAUCGUUCGUACCGUUCCCUUCAUGGGUCUUCGCAUUGACGCCGUCGAGCGUGAAGUCAAGCACUGCCUCGUUGAGAUGCACCGUUCAUUGGUAAUCGCUCCCCAACAAUCGGCCAAGCAUCACCGGCGCACCUGCGCACCCAAGAUCCCAAUCGUUUUCGAACACGCAAUUGCCGCCGACCACAUUAACGACGCACUUGCCGACACUUGCUCUACCGAACCGGAUACUGCAUCGGAGAUCCUGUUGUCCAUCGAAAGGGAUAACGAGCCAUGA